AUGCUGCCACCUCUGUUUAUCAAUAAGUUAGCUUUGCCUAACAUUGCCACAAUCACUCAGUAUCCAGCCUUGAGUGUUGGGUUGUCAGUUUUUACAUUCUUGUUGCUAGUUAUAGAUCUUAGUUUAAAUCAAGCGUUGAGUCAAAAGUUCUCGUUGCAUCCAAAUGCUCCAUUCGAAUUCGAUUUGAAUCGUCUUUCCUUCUAUUUGUUAUUCCAUCGUGGCUUCAUCCACUGGUUAUUGAAUAUUAUUGGGUUGUUCACCCCAUUGGCUAUAUUUGAAAGAACACAUGGCACUGUUUUUACCGGCGUUACUCUUAACGUGUUAGCUGUUACUGCAGGUUUACAAUUUUGUAUUGUCGGUAAGCUUUUAUACCCUAAUACCCAAGUUAUUGGUUUAUCUGGAGUGGUUUUUCUGUUCAUGAGUUUUAUGGCCUACAAAGAACAUCACACAACACCUGUGAUCUACACGUUUAAAUACCAGGGAUCUGAAGUAUCUAUUCCUACAUUAUACUCACCAUUUCUCUUCUUGGUUGUCUGUAUGGUAUUAAUCCCAGGUUCAUCGUUUUGGGGACAUUUGGCAGGGAUUUCUUCCGGCUAUUUGUUGGCGUUGGGCUAUAUCAAAUUUAUGUAUCCGCCACUGAAAGCUAUAUUAUUCAUAGAAAGAAAAUUACAAACUCCAAUCAAUUCUUUGCGUUCUUUGGUUGUAUAUUAUAAAGAAGAAGAAGCUAUCGAACAAAGAGGUGUUAGCUACAAUCCAAUUUUAAGUAGCGAUGUCGAGUCUGCUCUUAACGAUGUUCCAAUUACUACGGGAACAAGAACCAAUUCUUUCGCUGGAGAAGGCCAGGUUUUAGGUUCAGCCUAA